GCGUCACCGGUUGCCGGUUAGGCCUACACCAGUCGGGACUCUACCGCUCUCAGAACAUUGCUGAAGACUUGUUACGGCCGAGUUUGGUUUGAGUAGCUGAUAGAAACAAACAUCAUGGGCGUGGACGUCAAAACAAUCCAACAGGGAGAUUGUUCGACCUAUCCGCGAAACGGCCAGACCGUUGUCGUGCAUUACACCGGUACGUUGACCGACGGCACUAAGUUCGAUUCGUCGCGUGAUCGCGGAAAGCCUUUCAAGUUCAGAAUCGGCAAGGGCGAGGUAAUCGCGGGGUGGGAUGAGGGUGUGGCCAAGAUGUCGGUCGGCGAACGGGCUACACUUACCUGUACACCCGACUACGCCUACGGAUCCCGCGGCCAUCCCGGCGCGAUUCCGCCAAACGCCACCCUGAUCUUCGACGUCGAACUUCUCCGACUCGAGUAGACUAGGCUGCCCACUGGGUUCUUGUCAAAGCUUUAGUCAGGAAAUCUUUCAUCGUUUAUCAUUAAUUAGCAAUAACCACAACUUACCUAUUCUCAUUCUGAGUAGCCAUGUUCACAAUAUUCACGCUACGAACAAGCUCAAGAGUAUUGGACGAGAACAAUAAAGGAAAUAGAAGUGAGUUCAGUUAAGGCAUAUGUGGCAUCGGCGGUCGCUGGGUCAAAAAACACGGAUAUCUGGUGACACCCGGCCGCUUGAGGUAAAUGGCUUGGUUAGGUUUUUUUUUUUAUAACUAUGUGAUAAGGGCAAAACCUGUAAUAGCAGGGUAGAAAAUGACACGAUGUGGCUUUUCAUCUGGUGUUAAGUGCAAACUUUAUCUUCUUCGGGCUUAGCUGUGUCAAAGAAGAAAAAACAGUAUUUGAUUAAUGAAACAUUUGCGGUCAAUUACAUUCGUUGCUGUCCCUGGACUGUGCUUAUUACAGUAAUCAGCACCAUGGACGAAUAAGUUCAGUAAAGAUACUACCGGAAAACAAAAUGUAGAUCAUUAAGUUCUGUAUAAAGGAUGUUCUUUGGUACAUAUUCCCGUAUAUUUUGCAGAAGGCGGAGAUGCGUAAUUAUAUGUAUGCGUGCAACACCGUACGUAAUCCUCCUCAUGGCAUUAUUACAAUUAUUGUUAUUCGAAUGAUGGAUGCGUUUAUUAUUAUUCAUGAAUUUACCUAAUAAAUUAAAAUUUACGGCCUUCCUUAGUAAAGUAUGAGCAUUUAAUUUAGAAUUUGAAUGACUGACUCAUUAAACAUCAUGCUAUAUGAUUUUCUCCUAGAAGAACACUGACGUAUGCCAAAUAAGGGUGAGUGCCAGUAAUAAGCUCUUCUUAUAAUUUAAUAUUUCUCGCAAUGAAGUUCUUUCAAGUUUUCUAAAAAAGAGGUUUUUAAAAAGAAAUCAUGUUAUUUUUAACAAUGAUAACUAGCACGGGUGGACCAAUAUUCAAAUUUCCAGCAUUGGUAUUUGUAAAUCUAGGAAAACGCAUUUUCUAUAUGUAGUAAAAAAUAAUGGCCAUGCUGAACCACGAGGCUUUAGAAUAAAAUCUGGAAAGCUUUACUCGACCAAAACAACAGCAGAUUUGUACAGCAGUAUGUACGACAAACUACUCACAGAAUAAGAACUGAGGCAUAUCUACGUGGUAACACGAUAUCUACUAAAUGAUGUAGCUUUCUCUUUAAAACAACUUUUGCGAAUUAUUUUUUUAACCCAUCCUUAUCAAGCUUUCUGUUAGGUAAUGUAAUAUAAUUUUUAUUACUAGUAAUAAUAAUAGAAACACAUUUUGAAAACGGUAGCUGUAGUAAAAUGGGAAGGGAUUUUUUAGAAAAUAUCUGAUUAUGUAUGAAUAUGUAUUUUUAUAUAGUGGACAUGAAAGAGAGUUACAACUCUACCUUGAUAUGACCUUAAAUAGGCCAAAAUUUGAUUUGAAUUCCCUAAUCAGUCAAUAAAGAAAUCAGACCGGAGACUGUUCAUUCUAUUCAACAGACAUUUUGUAAGGUUUUGGUAUCAAUCUUAUCGAUUAGUGUUCUAUCAGCUUACUCACAUAUUUAUUUUAGAGGUGACGUAUAAGUUAUUUUAGAGGUAUAUGAAACGAAAUUCUUUACCGGAAUCUCGUGAUUGAAAUAGUUUUUGGUUUGUCAAGACGAUAGGUAACGUACGCCACUAAGCUUUGAGAUUUUCGGCUUGUCAUGAAUAAAUAGAGUUAACGACUAUGGUAAAUUCUGAAUCUUAUUAUCAACAUAGAUAUGCUGUUACCAUGAGCUUUGUGGAUACCUUAAAGAUUUUUUAUAUUUAAAGGACAUUAUGUAAAAUUUUAUGCUUUUUCUUGCCGGAGUGUUCGUUCUGAAGUAAUUACGCCCUAAUGUUUUGCAUUAUCGAUAGUGAAUAACACCUACAACAACUGACUGGAGCUUUAAAAUAUGAGUGUUUUCACAAAUUACAACACAUAUCAAAUAGGUAUAAUCAAGGGUUAGUUUUAUGGUAUUAUUAUAUGUACACUUAUAAAAUGAAAGAUGACAUAUCUCUUUCUAUCUCUCCGUGUAUGUACACAUGACUUUGGUAAAACACACAAGGUGACGCCUGUCAGCACUCUGGCGACUCUGAAGCUAUCAUCUUUUUCCAUUGAGUAUACCUGCAGUCGAUAGUCUCGGAAAGACUAUUUCAAAUCGAGCCCAAAUUUAAUUCAAACA